GACCGUUCGAUCAGUUGUGAUCUACAGUUUCCAGUUCCACUACGAAACUCCAUUUCUGAUUCCACUUCCAACCUUCAUUUCUCUCUCUACAAUCGCUUCCCCUUCUAGUUUUUCGAGCCAUAAUCUAAGCUAAAGCUUUCGUGUUCCGCUUUUCAAUCGCCGUCUUCAUCUUCAACCUCCGCCAAAUCCUUUUCCAGAUUGCUUUAACGAGGAUGGAUUUUGCACGAUGUUCCGAUGAAUCUAAGGAAUCCGAACAUCCGUCUAGCAAAUGUUGCAGUAAAGUGGAAGCUCAGCCGGAGGUUGUUGAGCUACGGGGUCCAGGUGCCGCCAUGGCUGCUCCUCUUGGGCCUGCGACGCCUGAUGCUGACCGAGAGAGCGGUGAUUUUCCUUCUGAUUCGAAGUCCCCACACACCCAGGUUGUGCCCAACAGAUCCCUUCAGUUAACUUGUUUAGAUUCUUUAGGUGAAAGGAGCGAGGCCCCUUUAGAAGAGGGUCUUGAAUCUUCUGAUCCCCUCUGCAGCCCCCGUACUCCUAAGGAUGGCGUUUUUGACCCCUUUUCCCCUGGCCCUGCUCAUUUGGCGUUAGCUCCUCUGUCUAGAAAGUAUUUCAGUGGCUCUGUUGGAUUCGUUGCCCGCCGCCUUCAGUUUGGUUCUUCUUCUUCCUCUUCUUCAAUGCAACUGGAGGAAGAAGCUGAAGAACAGUCCAUUUCUGAUAGCGAGCUGUUAGAGGCAGUUUAUGAAAACCUCUUGGAAGUUAUUGUCUCCAAUCAGGCUGAGGCCUCUCUUGCUCAGCUCUCGAGCUCUCAAAGUGAUUCUUCCAAUUGUAUCACCCCGCCUGCACAGUAUUUGAGUGGGAUUGCUCAGACUUGCCCCCCUGCACCCAUCAAGCCAUUGGGAAAGUUUCGAGACUUCGACUUGGGUUUGUGCAGAAAGCUUGAGUUCUGACUGUGGGGGUGCACUCCUGGUUAGCUGCGGAUCAUUGCAUAGAAGGAUGUAGGUAACUUACUUUCGAGACAAAUUAAUAGCUAAUUUGCACAUCUGACGUUUCUGUACUAGAUUCUAUAACUAGCAAAAUCUCUGCCGAAGCAGGCUGAUUAUUGUAAAUUUUGGAAGUCCUCUUUUGAUGAACAAGUUCUUUGGGUUGGACGUAGUCCUGUGAUCUCUCCGGUUCAGUUAAGAAUAGGAUUGUUAAAAAUUAGAUUGACCAAUAAGCCAGUCCUUUUGUUACCCCGAUCAGCAAGUUGUUAAUAUGAUGUCUCUGUUGUUCUUUAGUUGGUAUUACUUGAUCUUUUAGCCAGGAUGCCCUUGUAGAAAUGCUUAAUGAAGAGUUAUUGAUUAGUGCUGUGACGAUUGUCAUUUGGCUUGAGAACUUGUUAGACUCUUACUUAUGUUCUGUAAGGAUUGUACUGUUUCUCAUCGACCUAUUACGUUGUGCCAUGUUGGUUAUGGGGAAAAUAUAUUAAAUGAUUAAAUUCAUACUUUGCUAAGAACUUGAGAUUGAGCA